AUGAUUUCCCAAUAAUUUUAAGAUUAGAUAGUAAAUAUAAUAAUAAUUUUUUUAGUGAAAUAUAAUUAAAUAAUAAAAAUAACAUAUACGAAAUAAAGGAUAGUUAAUAUAAUAUUUUAGUUGAUUAUGAUAAGAUAUUUUAUAAAAAUUUACUUUAAUAAGAUAAUGUAGAAAGUUAGGCUAUAAAUAAUUCUUUAUUAAGAAAAUAAUUCAGAAACAUUACUUUAUAGUUUAUUUCUGCUUUUGAGGAUUAUUUUAAUAAUUAAUAAAAUGAUAUAAAAAAAUUUGAUUAAAAAGAGUUUUUAAAAAAUAUUGAAUUAAGAAAAUAUUAACCAUGUUUUGAAAAUUUAUUUGAUAGGAAGAAAAAAAUAAUAACUUUGUAUGAAAAAUUUAUUCGAUCAGUUAAUUUUCUUAAUUAUAUAAAAUCGAAGAAAAAUACUUAUUUUACAAAAAAGAAUAUUCAAUGAAAAAUAAAUAUCUAUAAAAAAUAGUAUAUACAUUUAAAAAAUGUAAUAAUAUUUUUUUAAAAUUUGUAUAUAUAUGAAACAAAUAAUAUUAAAUAUAAUUAAAUAUUAUUAAUAUAUUUUUAUUUUAAUUAUGUUAAAAAAAAUGUUUAAAGUUAAUUCAAAAAUAUGA